AUAAAUUUCUAGAAGAAAAUUUUGGAAAGUUACCAGAGGAAUACCAACAAUUAGUAAGAAAUAUUGGAGACCGAAAGCUGGGACCAUCAUAUAGUGGCUUCCAACUUCUUUCAAUAGCUGUAUGGCUGAGAAAUGAAGAACAAUAUACGGCAAUAGAUUAUUGGCAAGGAACGAGUAACCUUUAUUCAUAUUACAGAAGUAAUGUUCUAAACGAAUUAAUCAAAAAAAGAAACCAAUUGCAAACAGAUUCUGCAGCAACCAUUAGUACACUUGCAUCAGCCGUUAGUACACUUUCAUCAACUAUCGCUAAUAACUUUUAUUAUGUCAAACUAGUUAUUAGCAAUUUUUCGCAAGGAGGUCUCUAUUUGGGUCAAUAUGGAGGCCCUGAUCUAAAUGUUAUACAACCAACCAUUAUGAAGGAUACUUCUGCAACAUAUAUAUUGUUAGUAUACGAGUGUACAUCAAACGAUUCUUUAGAUAAUGUGUUGAGUGGGAAAAUAGGUAAAGAAAUAAUUAAUUUAACGAAUGGUACUACAUAUAAGAAUUUCUACGGCUCUUUUAUCUAUGCUAGUAUUACAGCUGAUGAUUAUAUGAACAUAGAAAUUAAUAUACAAAUAGGGGGAAAUCCAUUUAAAUUUUAA